UUCGCUGGCUCUUCCUGCUGCUGCCCUCCCGGCUGGCUCUCCUCGGCGCGGCUCUCCCACCAUGUCAGGCCACGCCACCAACCUGAGGGUGAAGCUGCCCCUGCUCUGCGCCCUCCUGCAGCUGGCUACGGUCCUCCUGUUCGCCUUUUUCGUCCAGUAUGACAGCCAGACCAGCCCCCGGCUGUGGCACGAAGAGGAGAUGCAGCUGCACAGCAAAGGCCCCCUGGACCACGACUUCUACCCACGCUACCCAAGCUUCCAAGAUGUCCACGUCAUGGUUUUCCUUGGCUUUGGCUUCCUGAUGACCUUCCUGAAACGCUACAGCUUCGGUGGGGUGGCUUUCAAUUUCCUGAUCGCUGCCUUCGCCCUCCAGUGGUCUAUCCUCAUCCAGGGAUUUUUCCACACCUUUCGCAAUGGCAAAAUCCACGUGGGCAUAGAAAGCAUGAUCAACGCGGACUUCUGUGCCGGCUCCGUCCUCAUCUCCUUCGGGGCGCUGCUGGGCAAGACGAGCCCCGUUCAGUUGCUGCUGAUGGCCGGGCUGGAAGUCACCCUCUUUGGCAUCAACGAGUACAUCCUGCUCAGCCUCCUUCAGGUGAAAGACGCCGGGGGCUCUAUGACCAUCCACACUUUCGGGGCCUACUUCGGGCUGGUGGUGUCCCGGGUCCUUUUCCGGCCCCACCUGGACAAGAGCCGGCAGCGGGAAGGCUCCACCUACCACUCGGACCUCUUUGCUAUGAUUGGCACGCUCUUCCUGUGGGUCUUCUGGCCCAGCUUCAACUCAGCAGUGACCGCCCACGGGGAUGACCAGCAACGGACGGUGAUGAACACCUACUUCUCCUUGGCAUCCAGCACCCUCGCCACCUUCGCCAUCUCCGCCCUGGUGAACCGAGGAGGCCAGCUGGACAUGGUUCACAUCCAGAAUGCCGCCCUGGCUGGCGGAGUGAUCGUUGGCACUUCGGCCGAGAUGGCACUGACUCCCUUUGGGGCCCUGAUCGCUGGAUGCGUGGCUGGCCUGGUGGCCACCCUUGGCUUCCGGUUCCUCACGCCCAUCCUGGCUGCCAGGCUGAAAAUCCAGGACACCUGCGGAAUACACAACCUGCAUGGGUUGCCCGGCGUGCUCGGUGCCCUCCUUGGCGCCCUGGUGGCCGCUCUGGCAACCCCAGAUGCCUACGGAGAGGGGAUGGCGGACGUCUUCCCCCUGGUGGCCUCUGGGCAGCGGAGCUCCACCCGGCAGAGUCUCUUCCAGCUGCUGGGCCUGCUGGUGUCGCUGGGCAUGGCCAUGGUCGGUGGCAUCCUGGUGGGGGCCAUCCUGAAGAUGCGAUGCCUUGCGAUGCCCCCAGACGGUCUGUGCUUCGAGGAUGAAAUCUAUUGGGAGGUGCCUGAGGAACACCAUGAUGGCUUCCAGGUGGUGGAAGCUCUGAGCACGGAGGAGGCAGGCAAGGCCACCCAGGCCUGACAGGCUCCACCGCGGAUGCUGACCUCACCCUCACCAUCCGUCCGUUUUGCCUGGGAGGAAGCGAGGAGGAACCUGUUGCGGGAGGAGCAGCUCCUGACCCUAACCCUGACCCCGCCAGGAAUGGAGCCUGCCUGGAAGGUGGUUUGCAAUGACCCAGGUGCACAAGUUCAAAAGCCCUGUUUCCCACGUGACUCUUUCAGGGGUCCCAGAGUUGGGCCAUCAUAAAAAACAUCCCAGGGCCAACAGCAGCCAAUGCUCUUUUUAAAGUAAGUGUGUUUUCUUUCACAACCACCCUUCCAUUUACAGAAUCCUAUCUGCUUUUCGACAUCAAUCCCAUAGUGCAAAUCAGAAAGACAACCAAAUGUCGGUGGUCCUCAAGUUACCACCACAACUGAGCCCAACGUUCCUGUUGCUAAGUGAAACGUUUGUUAAGUGAGUUUUGCCCCAUUUUUCUUGGCACAGUUCUUAAGUGGAUCACUGCAUUGGUGACGUUAAUAACCCUGUCGUUCAGUGAAUCUGGCUUCCCUGUGUACUUUGCUCGUCACAGGAGUGGAUCCUGUGACCUCAGGAUCCUGCCACCGUCAUAAAUAGGAGCCGGUUGCCAAGCAUCU